UUCUUUCCCAACGUUAACUUCUGGAUGGGAGCUCCGCCCCCUCUCUCACUUGCAGCUGAAGCAAAUGAUGUCAGAGAGGAAAAAAAAGAGGGGAAGAAAAACAAAGAUAACAAAAAAAUAUAAAAACGACAGCUGAAACUGACGAAGCUAACCAGUGUCAUUGCUUUACAUGGUCUGAGGUCACAGAUACUUUGUCACGCUAUGGGAAAUGUUGUGCAGAAUGAAUAUACUAUAUAUAAAUAUAUAUACAUAUAUUAUGAUUCUUAUUCUUAUUAUUUAUUGUGCAUUUAUAUCUUACUUUGUAUUAUUUUAUUGCACUACAAUAAUUAGCACAUGAUGGUUGCCAUUGCACUUGUAAAGUCACAUUCAAGAUUACAAAAAGGCUGUUUUCCUGUCUUAUGUAGAACAUAAUUCUUUGUUAUUCUCUCCUGCAUUUAUUUUUAUACCAUAUUUAAAGACACUUUUACUUACUUGUAUUAUUAAAGUUGGCCCUCUAUCUGUUACUAUGGGCUGGUUGUGGAUGUCGUCAUUAUUGUUAUUAUUAUUAUUAUUAUUAUUAUUAUCUUGGGCAUUUAAAAUAAUCCCAAAACACUGCACUUUUGUUUUGUACCACUAGAGGGGGAUAUAUUAUUUUCUACAGCAGGGAGCUGAACUCCUGGAAGCAACAGGCUCCUCAUCCAUCAGAGCAGCAGCAGAAUGCAACACAGUGCUUUUCAGGGCAAAUUAGGCUUUGUCAUGCAAAAGUAUCAUCAGCCUCUUCAAGGGGGCUAUUGUGCAGACUGUGCCCUGCUCUGCAGAGGCUGAGGUUUGGUCGGGGUCUGUUGAUAUUUCAGCUCUUUGAAGGCACAACUGAGCCUCUGUGCCCGGUGGUCACUUCAGAAAAGGGCCACAGACAAACAAGCUGUGGCAUUUUCCAAAGCAGGUCGUUAGUGGGUCUGGGUUGUAAUGUGAUGUGGUUACAGUGUCAGUGAAAGAAGAUAAACAGCUGUUGGGGUUUUUUUUCUUGGACGAGAUCAUCGUCUCUUAUCAUGUUGGCUAAAUUUUUACCAAAUAUGUGAAGGCAAGAGUUAAAAGAGGGAAGAGAGAGAGGAAAAGAAGUGUCAGUUUGUCAGGUUUGGUGUAUUAUGGACAGGUGGGUAUAAUAAAAAAAACAAAUUAAAUUACAUACUAAUAUUAAUUGGGAGAGAGAGAGACGAGCAUGUGGAUGAAAAUAAAAGAAGUGAAGCUUGGAUUGAUUCACACAGUGACCAGGGCCAAUAGGAAGAACCCUCCCAGUCUUGAGGAGGGAAGAGGAGGUGGUAGGGAUUCAAACUAAGGCAGGGUUUACAGUGAGUCAAAAACUCUCAAAGACAGACUAGAGGCACCACUGCACUGUGAUGUGGGCUUACUCUGACUUUAACCUGGAGCUUCUCUUUUGAACAAGAACACAAGACGACCAAAAACAGACAGAGAAGGAAAACAAAAGAUACCACUUUUCCACAAAGAUGGUAAACUGACGUGGUGUCUGAGACUCUUGAAUCUUUAGUAGAGAGGGGAAAAGAGGAGCAAGGACAAGCCUGAGGAUACUACAGAUUAUGUUGCCAUGGAAACCCAAACUUGGAGCCGGGCACAAGGACCAGUGAAGGUGGACAACCAUCCCUGAUUUCAACAUUGACACACUGCUGUGGUGAGAGAAUGCUGUGGAGAAUAACUAUCCCAGUCAUACUGGCUGGGGUGCUCUGCAUCACCGCAGAGACCAAGAAGCCCCGGCCGCAGGGAUCCAUCCCAUCGCCGUACAAAACUAAAGGGAACCUGUCCUCGGAGCGCCACCACCGGUUACUGCAGCAGAAACCUGAGGUGCUGUCCUCCAGCAGAGAGGCCUUGGUGGUGACAGAGCGCCGCUACCUCCGCAGAGACUGGUGCAAGACCCAACCGCUCCGUCAGACAAUCAGUGAGGAGGGCUGCCGGAGCCGCACUGUGGUCAACCGUUUUUGCUACGGCCAGUGCAACUCCUUCUAUAUCCCCCGCCACAUGGGCCCCAGCUCCGGCCACGGCCAGAACCGAGGCCAGGCCUCGGGUUCUGGCAGGAAAAAGCACAACAAGGCCCAGGAGCCGUUCCAGUCCUGCUCCUUCUGCAAGCCGCACCGCAUCACACAGCUCACAGUGCAGCUGGACUGUCCGGACCUGCAGCCCCCCUUCAGACACCGCAAGGUGCAGAGGGUCAAACAGUGCCGCUGCAUGUCUGUGGACGUGAGCAGUCAUGGGAAACUGUGAAGGACAAAUUCAAAGGACAUCUGAAUAUUGUCAAAGGCAGAUACCGACAAACUUUGCCAAACAAACACUGGCUUCAAGUCGAGCGACUCUGCAUCAUGUUUGACAAAUAACGGCCUGUUCCGCCAUAAAAUGACGUAAAACAUGGAACUGGUGCUGCUAAAAGCCAAACGUUGAUUUAAUCAGAGACUGUUGGUGAGAGAAACUUGAUUCAUAUGAUCUGUGCAAGAGACACUCAUUGUUGUUUUUGAUUUUUUUCCCCACAAAGCUCAUAUCUAACAGUUAUUUGUACAUUUUCUAAUAGAUUUCUUUGUGUAAAGGGCAUGUUCACCGUCUGAUUGACCCAGCAAAUCAUAUAAGUCAUAAUUAUCAGUGGUAUGGAGACCAAAUAGGUUAUAUCUAACUUCCAUUUGUACAUGUGCUAAUAGAUUUCUUUGUGAAAAGUGUCUCUGUGUUUCCUCAAAAACAAUAAAGACGAGAAAAGUGAGAUAGAAUAAGUUGUUCCCUGUGAACCCUACGCGACAUGUUUGUCGUGCAACAGUUUGAAAGCCCCAUUUUUAUGAAUUGACUGUUUGGGAAGUAUUUUAUCUGCUAUCGUGUUUUCUUUUCACGUCGACGUCAACGGCGGGAUUUGGAGAAACAUACAGCAGCACAGCAGUGACCUGCAGCAGCACCUGUGUGCUUGUACACGUUUGCCAGGUAUAUGAGGCAGUAAGGAAGAGCUACUGCAGCAUGUGUAAUGGGGGUGCAAUGCUAUACAGUGUGUAUAUUAUCUUUGUGUGUAUGUGUGUAUGCGUAUGAAAAAUA